ACCUGCCCAGACUUGAGGGGGCUGCCCUCCUGGACUCCCCUCUUCCUGUUUUUUCUCUUUGCAGGCACACGUUCUGGCAGUAUCGCCGUGAGAACCCCCAAACCAAGGUGGGGGAUCCCCCUCCUGACGGGCUGCCCGGCUUCAACAGUGGUGUCCUGCUCCUGAACCUGGAAGCCAUGAGGAAGUCCAAGCUCUACAACCAGCUGCUGGAGCCCACCACGGUGCAGAAGCUGACGGAGAAGUACCACUUCAAGGGCCACCUCGGCGACCAGGAUUUCUUCACCAUGGUGGGGAUGGAGCACCCAGAGCUCUUCCAUGUACUCGACUGCACAUGGAACCGGCAGCUUUGCACGUGGUGGAGGGACCAUGGAUACAGCGACGUGUUUGACCAGUACUUCCAGUGCGAGGGUGAGGUCAAAAUUUACCACGGGAACUGCAACACCCCGAUCCCUGAAGACUAGG